GGGGGCUGUGAGAUUACAGCAGCAUCCCUCUCCCCGCAGAUCCAGCGGACAUCUGGAGCAGCCCUGCCUGGGACUCAAGCCCUCCAGCACCGAGCCCCGCCAUCCCCCACAGAGCCAGUCCGGGGAUCGCAGCCUGUCUCCCGGCCCCAAGGCGCCUGCGCGGCCCGGUGGUCCUCGCCUUUGGGAGCGGAUCUCCAUCAGGAGGCUGCUGCGCUCCUGGAGGGGACAGACGCGCUGUGUAAAAAAAAACAAACAAACACGGAAAUAAACGCGCUAGAUUCUGGGAGGAGGGUGAUGGACUGAACCGAUCCCGGGUCUGACAGGUUUUGAGGCCCGAUGGAAGCUGCGACACAUCUGGACUUGACGCGUCUGGAAUAAAGAGCCGCGCUCGGCACCGCUGCUUCGGCGAUUUUCUCCUCUCCAGUUUGCUUCUUUUGAUCUUUGUCUUGCAGACACCUCGAACGGUCCCGAUUCGGAGUUUGAGGGAGCAGGCGGAUCCCAUCCUCCUCUUAUUUGGAUUAGAGCCCAUCAGGAUCAUGAAUCAUCCCCCCUCUGCAGCUCUAAUCUGGUCUUUAUCGAGCUGGAUUUAAAUCUGAGAUCUGAUCUGGAUUACUGCGCUCCUGGUUCCGAUCGGGUCACAUCAGACCCGGUCUAAACCGGUUGGCUCCUGGUGUGAUCUUGGACUCGAUCCUGGUCCCGGUAACUGUUCAGGGGAGUCCCGCUGCCAUCAUGCCCACGUCCCGGCCUGGUUCGGAGCCGGUGGAGUUCUGGGUGGACGGGUCGAGGCGGGACGGGACGGUGGAGGACUUCUACACCCUGAGCUCCGAGCUGGGCAGGGGGGCAACAUCUGUUGUGUACCGCUGUGAGGAACAGCAGACCCAGAAACCCUACGCUGUCAAAGUCCUCAAGAAAACGAUCGACAAGAAAAUAGUUCGCACUGAAAUCGGUGUCCUGCUGCGUCUUUCCCAUCCAAACAUUAUCCAGCUGAAGGAGAUCUUUGAGACGGACACGGACAUCGCCUUGGUGUUGGAGUUGGUGACCGGAGGAGAGCUGUUUGACCGGAUCGUGGAACGUGGCUACUACAGCGAGAGGGAUGCAGCUCAUGUCAUCAAACAGAUCCUGGAGGCUGUGGCAUAUUUACACGAGAAUGGUGUCGUUCACCGUGACCUCAAACCAGAGAACCUGCUGUACGCUGACCUGUCGCUGGACGCUCCGCUGAAGAUAGCCGACUUUGGUCUUUCCAAGAUCAUCGAUGACCAGGUGACCAUGAAAACGGUGUGCGGCACCCCAGGGUACUGUGGGCCCUCUGUUACACGGGGGCAGCACCAGCCGUAUGUUGUGUUUUAUUGUGCGUUCACCUGUGUGAUCCGGAGGUGGCUCGCGAUGCGUUCACUGCACCAGCCGCGCCGUGAGCUUUCGCAGACCUCCCGGUCGGAGCUUCUGUCGGCCAUCUGGCAGCUAACUGAGUCCUCUGCCCGCAGCUCCAGAGAUCCUGCGGGGAAAUGCCUACGGCCCCGAGGUGGACAUGUGGUCGGUGGGCGUCAUCCUCUACAUCCUCCUCACUUCCUGUUUGCAAGACUCUGUGGGUUUGAGCCCUUCUUUGACCCGAGGGGGGACCAGUACAUGUACAGCCGCAUCCUAAACUGCGACUACGAGUUUGUGUCUCCGUGGUGGGAUGAGGUCUCCCUCAAUGCAAAGGAUCUGGUCAGCAAGCUGAUUGUCCUUGACCCUCACAAGCGCCUCAGUGUCCGGGAGGCCCUUCAGCACCCCUGGGUUCUCGGUAAAGCUGCCCGGUUCUCCCACAUGGACACCACCCAGAGGAAACUGCAGGAGUUCAACGCUCGACGCAAACUUAAGGCUGCCAUGAAGGCCGUCGUGGCCACCAGUCGGAUGCACGAGGGUUCGCGGCGCCGCACCGACAGCUGCGAGAUCCCAGGAUCCGGGACUUCCCGGCAGAGCAGCAUGCAGCAGGACCUGCCUCCCGAGUCCACAGAGCCCGGCCCUAAAGACCAGGACGACCUGCCUCAAGACCAGCAGGCGCCGCAACACGCCGACUCCAAACCUGCCGACCAAAGUGCCACCAACACCUCCCCCCCACGCAGCCCCAACCCGCCCGGCUCUGAGGCCACGCCCACGGGGCCAGCUCUGGUCAGACCGCCGCUGCGAGCCGACGGGCUCCGGCAGGCCUCCGUCAUCCCCAAAACAAUGCUGGUCCAACCCCGGCUGCCGCAGAAGAGCUGCUCCGUCAUAGAGCAUGCCCCCCGGGUGGAGGCCGCGGCCCCUCUGGGCUCGCCCCGGAGUCCAGCCAACCUCAGCAAUGGCUUCACGGCCGGAGCAGAGCCCGCCAGCAAGACCGCCCACUGCCAGUGAGACGCUCCCCACCGAGUCAGCUUCAUGCCACCACAAACACAUCAUCGUCCAACCGGGAGCAAUAGUCUCCGCAACCUUCCUGCCAACAUUUCGCCAUUUUCACCAAAAAACUCUGUGUUCUGUAGCUCAGCUUUUUGGCAAACAUGCCAGCAGAGGUGCCCACUGGCUCAUUCGGGAUGUUUCAGGCUGGAAUGGAUAAACCUAGGAGCAGGGUUAAGGGAAAGAUAGGUUAAAAAAGGCUUUCCUGAACUGUAAAAGGUGAAAAGCAGACCUAGCGUGGCAGCAUGAAUGUAGUGCUGGAGAUCAGCAGAACAGGCUCUCUGUUUGGGGCAGUUUGGGUCCUUAACGGCACAACUGGAUGGGUAGUUCAUCGCUUUUCACUCGCUGCCUCGGUUGUACUCAGAGACCCAUUGAAUUCCUGUAAAAAGAUGUGUAUCAGAGCAUGCUAGUCUUUUAAAGUAUAUUUUCCUUUUACAGAUAUCGCUAUUGUCCAGACUAGAUAAAAACGCAGAUAGCAGGCAUUUGAAUUUUAGUAUGGUUCUUCCUGUUAAAAGUCCAGUGAGCUUUCCUCUUGUCUGGGACUUGUUUCCAUCCUGGGAACUCUUCCAGGUCUGGACUGACUGCAAACAUUUCUGGGUGUAAGUUUUUGAUCUAUGUGGGCCAAGUGUGGUGCUUAAAUUUGGCUGUAAAUCCUAAAUUUUGGGUUUGGUUUGAUGUUUACUGGCACUUUAAAGGGAGAGUUCAGCAUUUUGUCACCCAUUUUAACUAUAUGUAUUAACUGUGAGACGUUCACUCUCAUGUGUAGGCUCACUUAAGAGCUGGAGUCAAAGUGGGAUUAAUCUAGUGAACAAAGGCCCAAGGCAAGCUUUCAGUGUUUUGUAGGUGUUGGGGGGCAUUUCCUGUGUUAGUAGGUGAAAUUCAGCUCCAAACUGAACAACCAUGAGACUGAAAUCAGGGUAUUUUCCCCAAAAUGCUGAACGUUUCCUUUAGGUCUUGGUCCGCAAAAGAGAUUUCUUCCUUCUCACCUGCUUCUUCUCCAACAAGAAGGUGAACUCUUCCUCGAAUGCUCAGGACGGAGCAGACUGUUUACUUCUCCUUACACUUUAAUUCAUCUGCAUGAAGGACGGGGACUGAGCAGUGUUGUCUCUUUUUGGGGGGGGGUUCUGCUUCUUCUUCUUCUUCUGCAUCCCUUUCAGUUUCAGAGCAUGCUCUCUCAGACUUUUAAUGUUGCUGAGAAACUCGGAGGAGAAACUGGAGAUUUCUGCUUCUUGAAUUUUUUUUAUUUUUAAUCCUUUCUACUUUUUACUGUUGACACCUGCAGACUUGAUUCCGCAGCUGUGUGACUAGAUUGUGUAGCUCCAGUUUAUAGCGGUCUGGUAAGUAACUUGUGUUUGUGAGCUUUGUAAAGCGUUGUGUUGUUUACACUUUAUUAUCAGCGAUGAUGCUCUCCUAUUUGGACUGUACAUACUGUAGUUUGGUUUUAAGGCAAGUUAUGACUGGCAUCUAUUUUUUUUGGCACUGAGACAUUCAGUGUUCAAACCCCCUAAAACAAUCAAUUUAACCUUUUGUUGGAAAUCAAAUCUUUUCAUCUGAUCUGAAACCACACGCUCUACCUCUUUUUGUACAGGGGCUUCCAAAAUGAAAUAAAUGCAUGCAGGAUGCUCUGGAGAGAAAAUGCUGAGAUGAGACAGAGGACCCAAAAUGAUACCAGAUUUCUUCAUGUACGGUGGCCAAGACAGUCCAAACAAAACUUUAAUUUGAGUUUACUCUUGUCAUGUUUUGUCCAAAUGACAAAUUACCUUUCAAAAAUGUAUAUCGACAUAAGCUGCACAUCAGAUUCGCUUACAUCCUCUUGUUUGUAUGGUAAAAACUCCUUUUUAGUCUGUCAGUUAGUAGCUCUAAAAUGGAAAUAUUUAUUACAGCACAACAUGUUUGUUGCUUAUAUAUUCCUGUCUUAACCCGAGUUUGAUCGUCCACUAAGAGGUAGACUUCACAGUCGAACAGUUACAACAAUGGAGCCAUUUCCUGACAUGAAUUUAUGAUUAAAAAACAUGUUCCUUGACUAACAGCUGUUUCCUUUAUAUAAACAUGAACCACCUAUCAAUGUUGAAGUUAUUAAAGUGUUUCUGACAUAUUUUACCAAGAAUAUAUUCUGCAUAUUGGGCAGAAAAAGGGUGCCUCCUCUAUCCUGAGACAUUUGAGGUAUAUUGUUUGCUCACAAAGUAUUACUUUACAAGAAUGGGCUGAAAACAUGUUAUACGUUUUUCUUUUUGCCAGGUAGGAAAAAAAUUGCUCCUCAUGUCUUAAGACCUCCUAUUACUAUUAUAAUAUCGAUAAAGAUUACUUUACAAACAUGAACAGUACAUAAACAGUAGCUAGCUAACUAGCUAUCUGAGGUAGUUUGCUAGCUAGCACACUCCAUGGCUGUUAGCUCCACUGCAUGCUGUGUCUCCUAUAAAAUAAAUAAAGACUGAAAAUAAAUACAGGAAAUGAAAUAUAGAUGUUACACAAACAUUGUUGAGUGUCAAAUUAGGCUAAUUUAGACUAAUUUUGUCUUAAGAAAUUAUGCCCCCUUUCUCUCCUGGUUGGUGCUAAUUGUGAACAUUAACCUCCACUAUAGGAUCAUUCCUGAUAUAAUUCGGUUUUGUUUUUAAGAAAAUACACACAUCGGUAUUAAGAGAGGAAAAGGACCGAAAUGAAGCUUAAACAUUACUAUUUUUUUAAUCUAUUCUAGUUUUCAUUGCUUUACUACUGCAAUACCUAGCUAUUUAUUAAAAACACUUGAGUUUAGAAAAAAACUUGAUAAAUCCUUUAAUUUCAUUCAUGGUUUCAGAUUCUCCCCACUUGAUACAGCCUCUCUCCACCCUCAACACAAUGAAAAACCUUUAAACGAUUUACUUUAAUCUUACCUUUCAGCUAAACCCUCCUGCUGAUUUCAAGUUGUUUAUGUUUGAUUGGCGAUCUUACAUUUUUCUCAUAUUGCUGCAGUUUUGUUCUGUCUGAGCCACUGUACAAAACCCUUGAUUGUGGAGGAAAACCAACUUAUACUUUAAGGGCUUUUUAAUUUAAAGUGGAACUUUUCCCGAACACCUGCAGAACUCCCUGUAUAAAGAUUACAGAUAUAAAGAUUCAGAUUACAACUAUCCUUCCUAAAAUAAGCCAAAAGGAGCCACAAUAUGUUCAGCGGCAUAGCAGUGUCAGGAAAAUCCAACGAUGUAGAAACCAAAGCAGAGCUGGUGAGGUAAAAAUGACAAUUUUCAGUUGAAAUUAUGGAAAUUAUCAAGUAAAAUUGAUCCAAAAGACAUCAGAUGACUUAUGUCUGAGACCCUUCAUUCUUCUCUAAUUGGGCAUAUUUAUGUUGUAUCACAAAUCAAAGAAUCUUGUCAACUUAACGUGAAAUCUGGAUGCAACAAAAUGCCACUCUCUGCCUAUCUAUAAACAAAACUUACGCAGCAACUGGGAAAUUCUUUUAGAAAUAACCAGGAUGAUGACGAUGGGAACACGCAAAGUCGACCUCAGCUCCAAAAGCUGAAGUCUGCUCCUUUGAAGGUCAUUUAUUAACACCAGAAAACAUAAUAUAUUAAAUUUCUUUAUGUACCUGAUUAAAGGUCCACCCUGGCAUAAUUUAAUAAAACAGUAUAAAGAAAAACAAUGGUCGCCGAAUAAAUUAGACAGAAAAUAUAUUUGAAAAAUAAUCACCGGCCAUUUCAACAAUUGGUUUAUUUUUUAUGAUGUUUAAAAAGCAUCUAUUCAUCUUUGAUGAGAAGGAUCUGAUUGGUGGUUUGGGCUGUCAUUGGCAGGAGGUAUGACUUUACCAACAUACUGGAUCAGACACUGUUUUGUGAUUUGGUUCCUCUCAAAGUCUUCUGUUAGGCUUGUGUGUGCACCUGAACGCAGGUGUCUGGAACUUCUUGCCAAAUGAAACACUGGACAACUUCCUGUCAUGGUAAAAGUAUGUAAGUGUACAUUAGAUGAACACCUAUACUCUUCUUUAAAAACAUGAAUAUUUUGCUUCUAUUUAUCUCGGGGUGUUUGUGGUGGGUGGGACUAAACUGUAAACACUGUUUGUUUUGUGUUUGAUGGGUAAACUUGUACCUUUUUUUCAAAAUUCUGGAUGACACAAGUAUAAGGUGGCAUCGUUACAGUGGCAGCUGUUGCCCGUGUAUCAUUGCAUGUAUUAUUUAACUUCCUUUGGUCAUAUCUGAUUAAAACUAAGCACAGAGGCUGAAUCCUGCAAGACUCUGUGGCAGCAGCUCAUCUGAUCUGGGUUCAGCCAGGAUGCUUCAGGCAGGAUUUUGCAUCACAUGUACAGUAAAGGAUAGCUGGUAGACAUCGUUCUUUGUUUCUUGUGUUUUUUCCUAAUGCACAAACGCAUUAAAUUAAUUUUUUAUUUUGUUAUUUUAUUAACUAUCAGGUAUAAGCAAGAAACUGUACAGACACUGUAAAAUACAUACAAAGUAUUUUCCAAUGGAACUUUCAAC